GAGAUAUCCAAUUCUUCUAAACUCAUCUUGAAGAGUUGGGUUGUGACAGAAAAACAUGUCUUCAUCAAAAGUCCCUCAUGUGGUGCUUCAAUCCUCCUCCAACAAUUGCAACAUGCCAGUGAUUGGACUUGGCACUGCUCCAUCAUCUUCCACAGACACUAGAGAGGCAAUAUUAGAGGCUAUCAAAACUGGUUAUAGACACUUUGAUACUGCUUCAAUGUAUGGUUCGGAGCAGCCCCUUGGAGAAGCCAUAGCUGAAGCACUUCAACUUGGUAUCAUAAAAUCUAGAGAUGAACUCUUCAUCACUUCCAAGCUUUGGUGCACUGAGAAUUUUCCUCAUCUUGUUCUUCCUGCCCUCCAGAAAACACUUGAGUCUCUAAAGUUGGAAUAUUUGGAUCUUUAUUUGAUCCACUGGCCCAUUUCUGUGAAGUCUGGACAUUGGGAAAUGCCUUUUCCUGAAGAAGCCCUAACAUCAUUUGACUUAAAGGGUGUGUGGAAAGCAAUGGAGGAAUGUCAAAAGUUAGGCCUUACAAAAUCUAUUGGAGUUAGCAAUUUUAGUUGCAAAAAACUUGAAAAUUUGCUCUCUUUUGCUUCUAUUCCUCCCUCAGUCAAUCAAGUAGAGAUCAACCUUACUUGGCAACAAAAGAAGUUGAGAGCAUAUUGUCAAGAAAAAGGUAUAAUCAUAACUGCAUACUCCCCUUUGGGAGCACCGGGGUCUACAUGGGGUUCCAAUAAUGUUGUAGACAAUGAAUUGCUCAAGGAAAUUGCAGAGGCUCAUGGAAAAUCUUUUGCUCAGGUAUCUCUUCGAUGGUUAUAUGAGAUAGGGGUUACUUUUGCAGUUAAGAGCUACAACAAGGAAAGAAUGAAGCAAAAUUUGGAAAUAUUUGAUUGGUCACUUACCAAAGAUGACUAUGAAAAGAUUGAUCAAAUCAAGCAACAACGAAUGGUCAAGAAUGGGCCGGCAAAAUUCAUUGAUGGCAUUUGGGAUGGAGAAAAUUAAUGUAGUACUAUUAGUGUUAUCCACAAUAUUGUUAUGAAGUUUUUGAUUUUGCUACAAAUUUACUCCAGAUAUUGUAAAUCCUAGGUCUAUUAAAAUAUGAAUUUUACACUUCAAAGCGUAAUCACUUCCACUAUUAUUCCCUAGAAUAAUCUAAUAAAAAAAUCUUGUUCUUUUGACU